GGCCGCCCGGUCGCCCGUCCGCCUUGCCGGCCGCGGGUAGAUGGAGCGCUGGACAGGGCGGCCGGACCUCACGGACUCGCCAUGGACGAGGAGGGCGUGAUGGAGAGGAGCGAGAAGCCUCGUGGCACACGGACAGCAGACAAGGCUGGCUGGAUCAAGAAGAGCAGUGGGGGCCUCCUGGGUCUCUGGAAAGACCGCUACCUGCUCCUGUGCCAGGCCCAGCUGCUGGUCUAUGAGAAUGAGGACGAGCAGAAGUGUGUGGAGACUGUCGAACUGGGAAGCUAUGACAAGUGCCAAGACCUUCGUGCCCUCCUCAAGAGGAAGCACCGCUUCAUCCUGCUGCGGUCUCCGGGGAACAAGGUCAGUGACAUCAAAUUCCAGGCACCAAGCGGGGAAGAGAAGGAGUCCUGGAUCAAAGCCCUCAACGAGGGGAUCAACCGAGGCAAGAACAAAGCUUUUGACGAGGUAAAGGUGGACAAGAGCUGUGCCCUGGAGCACGUGACGCGGAACCGGGUGCGAGGGGGCCAGCGACGACGGCCCCCAACAAGAAUCCACCUGAAGGAGGUAGCCAGUGCGGCUUCUGAUGGGCUUUUGCGCCUGGAUCUCGACGUUCCUGACAGCGGGCCGCCCGUGUUUGCCCCUGACAACGACAUCAGUGCAGCCCAGCCCCGGGAGUCUCCUCGGGCCCUCAUGCCGCCGGUCAAACCUUCCUCAGUGCCCGAGACUGCCAACCUUGGUGACAGAGUGAAGGAGACGGCCCCAAGCCCCAUCUCAGCCAGCUCUGAGGCCCAUCCUGAGAGUCAGGAGGAUGCAGAGACCCCAGCAGAGGACCAUGUCUCCAAGCAGCUCCCUGAUGUCACCAUCUUGCCUGACAAACUGAAGGUGAGCUGGGAGAACCCCAGCCCUGAGGAAUCCUCUGCUCCCAAGAGUGCAGAACUGCUCCAGGUGGCCGAGACUCCAGAAGCCACCCCCAGGGAGAGUAAGAAGCCCCCUGCCCCCCCACCCAAGAUCCUAUCGGAGAAAAUGCAGGCCUGCUUGAGUGGGGUGGAGGCCUCCGAGCCCUCUGCCCUAGGUCCAGCAGUGGUCUCUGUGAAUGGCGUGGGGGACAGUCCUGAGCCUGCCAAGCCACUCCAGGCCACCUCAGAAAUUGCCCCAGCACUACCCCACCCGGACCUGCCCCUUCAGUUCCCUCCCCGCUGCGCUUCCCUUGGGGACCUGCUUGGGGACCGCCCCCGGCGGCGUCCCCAGCUACCUAAGGAACAAAGGCUGUACCGGGCCCAGCUGGAGGUGAAGGUGGCCUCGGAACAGACAGAGAAAUUGUUGAACCAAGUGCUGGGCAGCGAGCCACCCCCUGUGAGUGCCCAGGCGUUGCUGAGCCAGGCUGUGGAGCAGCUGAGGCAGGCCACCCAAGUCCUGCAGGGUUUUGGAGAGCUGAGCCAGGAAGCCCCCGGACUAACGGAGAAGCGGAAGGAGCUGGUGGCCCUCUACAGGAGAAGCGCACCCUAAGGCCCGCUGAGCCUUGCAUGCGCCCGCUCCUGGCCACCCGCAUCUGUCACUGCCCACCCAACCCUUUUGAGAAAUGUGCUAUAUACUGCUCAGGCCGUCGAAGGGCCUUUGGGCACACCAUCUUGGCCAGGACUUGAAGAGAUUCUUGUUAUCCUUUUUCAUCCUACCCCGGCUGGGUGGUAACAAGGUUAUGUCACCCAGGAUCACUGGUCUGGCUUCCUAUCUGGCCUCUCCUCCAGGUUCUGGGGCUCGGAUGGGAGCACACACUGUACCCCUGUGUGCUCUGUGGUGGUUCCAAACUGCCCCAGGACUUUGGCACAGUGCUUAAGAGUUUCUGAGGUGGCAUCAUCUCUAGUCCUACCCCCUGCAGUUUACAUUCCUGCCUUCCCAGUAGAGCACAGCUGAGCCUGCCUGUGCCCCCUCCCCCCUCCUGGUUCCCCUCAGGGUCCCAGGCAGCCACCUCCAACCAGCUGCUCCACCUAUUCCAAGUAGCGCAGAGGACGUGGAUGCUGGCUGCAGGGUCAUCUGUCAGCUGGGUGAAACCUAGGGCCCAGCUGGAGCGCAGAGACAGGUUGACCAGCAUCUGUGUAAAGAAGCCAUUUGCCUUGUGGCUCGUUUCCUCUGCUGCAGAGCUGCCAAGCCAGGGCACUUCCUGCAGCGCGGCACCCUGUGGUUCGAGGCUCAGAUGAGAGGCUUCCCCGGGGACUCAUCAAAGGGUCUCCUGGUCUAGUCUCUGCUUCUGCACAUUCCUGAAGACAUGAACCCCAGAGUGGAUCUGUGUGUCAACAUCUGGGAAACCUAUACGUAAUUAUCGUCAUGAAUCAACCUUUAGACGCCCACCCCACCCAAGCCUUCUGUGCCUCUCAGUGGGGUUUAUCUGGGGCUCUGAUUCUUCUGUGGUCUGAACAGGUCCAGGGUGCCCCCCACCCCCUUUCAUCAUAUGCUGGAGUCUUAUGACCACAGCCCACCUCUGUCAAGGCAGACCCUCUAGUGGGUUGUUCCUCCUCAACUUCCCCUCGGGAGAUGUGUCUUCCCCUCUCCCAUUCCUGUUCCCAGUCCAUCCCCUCCCCCCUCUGCCAUUACCCCAGGCUGGAGCGCAUCCAGUCUGUAUCCUGCUGCAGCAGCUGGGCUGAGGGUGGAGCCUGGGCUGGCCUCGGGGGGAGGGCCUUCAGACAGGACCUGCCCCGGGAGAUUCUGCAUGUGCACUUUUUGUUUACUGGAAGAGAAGGGCGGUUCACAGCAGCACCCUGGCCUCUGUGCCCACUUACCCUGACCCUCACCACCAUUUGUGCCCGCUGAGGCCUGCCACAGUGCAGGUUGAUGCCUUCAUUACUGUUCUGUCACUUUCUUGCUGAGGGGUUGUGGAAGGGGCCGGGGUUGGGGGGGGCAGUCCCUGCCAUGGCUCGUGAGCCCCCAUUAGCCACUCCAAACCACACUUUUAUGCCAGUCUGCCUUUCCCUCUAUCUCCUCUACAAGAGCAAGAAAUGUCCUCAGGUGCCCAGUCACAUGAUACCCUGCCAUCUUCCCUUGGAAAUAACCUCCCACCAGCAGCCAGGGCUACCUGAACUUUAGGCAAGUCACCUGCUUUCAGGAAUCGGAGCCCCGGUUUCUUUCCUCUGGCAAGCGGCUGGCCGGGCAAGUAGCCUUGGGGCCACUUUAAGUGGCCAGAUGCCACUGAUUCUCAUGCUUCCCCGGGCGGGGUGGGGGAGGGGCUGCACAGAACUGCCACCCCCCAUCUCCAGCAGGGAAGGAGGCGUGCGUCCAGCAGUUCUGGUUAGGAAGCAUCUUUCUUGAACAUUGGCAAUAAAUCUCUUUAUAGAACUUCUCUGCCCCGAGCCUGUUUGUUGGUGUGGGAAUUAACAGGACCGGCCGGCCUCUGGGGGGAGGGGCCGGGGGAGCAAAGGGUAGGUGGCACGUUCUCAGGGGCAUCAUCAACACCCCCAAGUCAGUUCUGGGUCUCCCCUUCCGUAGUCUGGGCUGUAGAACACUUACAAGGGUAAUAUAAGGACCCCAGAACACGCAGACUGACCCUCCGCCUCAUCUCCUGUGAUCUUCCACAUGCUGUUUUCUGUAUCAUUGCAAAGUUAGUCGUCAUCGUGGUCUCCUAAAUACCUCAGUGUGUAUUUUUUAAAAGUAAAUAUAUAUUCUUUCAUGUAAUCAUAAUACAGUUAAUUCGUGUCAGUAAAUUUAAUACUAAGG